CAGGAGACCGGCAAGCCUCCUCCUCCUAAUGUCACCCCGAAGAUGGCCAGGGAUCGCGCCGGGUCGGACUACUCAGGCCACAUGAGCGACACCACCACGUGCAGCUGCGUCGCGAGCUCCAUCGACAAAUGCUCGUUGCGCGGCUGCGGCAUGUUCCAAGAGCCGUUCUUCCUGCAUCCGCCGGGUUCCCGGCCGCGGGACGGUAUCUACAUAAACCCCAUGAGUGCGUAUAUCGGCGAGCCGCCCAAGCCCAAGGACACGGCCGAGUCCUUCUACCUGCACAGCCCGCACGAUCUGGUCUACACCAGGAUCACGCGGCUGUUCGGCGACGCCGAGAAGCCGCGGAACGGCGUCGCGGCGGAGCAGCGCCAUACGCCGGAGAGGAAAGACGAGACUCUGACUGUGAAAGUGGACGUGCACAUCAACAAUGGCGGAUUCGUCGGCCGGCCGCAUCCCGGCAAUGGACAUGCGGCGCGCUCUGAGAUCGCGAGGGAGUCCUCGGAUCAUGCUUACGAGCAGAUCUGCGUACGGCAGGAGGAAACGAGCAGCGUGAGCUCGGCAUCGCGUAAAAAGCCAGUGGACAAUACCUCCGACAGCAGUCGUUCUCGAAAAACCGACAGGCGAUACAGCCGAUCUAGCAGCGCCAGCGAGUCGUCGAACAUGAGCAGCGAGGUCCACGGCCUCUCCUCGACGACGUCCACCCCGUCCUUGUCGCGGCACAGCAGCAGCGAACGGAUCGGCAAGCCGGGGACCAAGACAAACGCGGAAGCGCUGCACGAGAGGAAGGACUCGUCCAGCGCGCAGGUGGAAAGUGAAAAGGAGAUCCGUGCAAAUGGCAACGGCGGACCUAGUCUCUCGAAACCACCGCCACCGCCACCGCCGCCACCGCCGGACGACGAUGUGGUAGUCGUCCUGGUGAACGCAAAGCCGAAUGCAGACGCCGACAAAAAAGAUGCGCGAGGAAGCGGCCAGACCGAGUCCUUCGCGGCCAACAAGUCCGACGCAUCAUCCUCCGGCGAGCAUCCGCAACAGCCGGAAGUGCCGGCUCCCGCCAGUGCGCCGGUGGACGCGGACGAAAUUAAAGCGAGCCAGGCGUCCCACCUGGUAAACAGGCACAUGGUACUGCCGUUCAUACCGCCAAAGUUCGCCAACGCGGACUCCAACACCCUGCUCAAGCCGUCCGAAUACUUGAAGAGUAUCUGCAAGGUGUCGUCGAAAAACAGCCUCUCGAAGGCGAGGUCAGUGGACAACUUGGACAUCCAGAGCCGGAAUACAGAGCAGGGUGAAGAGGAGGAGGCGGACGAGGAGGAGGGGGCGCGGCGGAGCAACGAGGAGGCCAAGGGGUCUCCUACGGGCCCCCCGCCACCGCCCCUGUCACCCUUGCAGCAGCGAGCGCGGGGAGGGGGUCAGGCCCCGGGUGCCGCCGGCGCCGGCAACGAGACCGAAAGCUCCAAGAGCUCGCCGCAGCAACCCUUGGCCACAAUCAGCAUCCAGGACCUCACGAGUAUCCAGCUACGGCGGACCGGCACGAAGAUGAACGCCACCAAGACAUUCUCCGCUCCGCCUCCUCGCAGCGUGUCCAUGACUAACGUCUCGGAGCCGUUCUUCGUGCAAAAGACGGACCUGAUCGCCGAAUUGAAGCGCACGAAGGAUAUACCUGGUAUCAAAAAGCUAAAGGUGGAGAGGGCGCAGGUCGAGAAGACUCAGGAGCAGAACCUCAUGUCGGAAAUUAGCAAAGCUUUCAACGUUACGAACUUCGUUGAUCAAAUCCCCGAGAAGGACAGCUCGGGAAACGUAAUACCAAUCUGGAAGCGACAGAUGCUGGCCCGAAAAGCCGCUGAACGAGCGAAGAAAGAGCUCGAGGAGCAAAUAGCGCGAGAGAACGAGGAGAGGCGGCAGAAGGCGAUUCCGCCGUGGAAGCGACAGCUUCUCGCCAAGAAGGACACCGAGGAAAAGAGACUGAAUCAGACGCAGGUAUCCGCGUCGGCGACCGCAUCGACGUCGAAAUUCGAGGUAACGUCGGCAAACCCGAAGAUGGACGCCUCGCCGGCGGCGGCGGCGGCAGCAGCGGCGUCGUGCGUCAUCAAGAAGGAAGACAAACCUGAGAUCGACGAGAAGCGGGACGAUCCUGCCAAGGACGAUUCUGACGACGGUCAGAUUAUACCCUGGCGAGCGCAAUUAAGGAAGACCAACAGCAAGCUUAAUAUCCUCGAUUAACUAUUGCGAACGCUUUAUUACGUUUAUCGAAAGAGACUGCGCGUGAUAUAAGUAUCGCGUUUAGUCGUUUAACGCGUUUACGUACCAUGAAAUCUUUUUGAACUUAACGGAACUUGCGCAAUGCGAAAGAAUGAAUGCGAGAGAGAAAUAUUUUUGCUAAUUAAGAGAAUAAACGGACGUAACAUGAUUCGCGGAAUUACACAACACGAAGUGUCUUCGAUAUUUUCUAAAACUGGCACGCCACUGAUACUCUUAAAAGAAAUCGAAAAGAAGCACUUUUGUGUACGUUUCAUCGUAGAAUGUCCUCGCAAACCUCCUUUGUAACACAAAUAAUAUCAAACAUACAUAUAUCUUGUUCUUAAUUUUACGGAAAUCUUCCUGGAGUGGAAUUUAAUAGAUAUUUCAAGAACUUCAGAGAAAUGAGAACUCAAAAAUAAUCCGUUCGUUUUUUCUUAAAAAAAAAGGAGGGACAAGGAGAAACUUUUGAGAGCUUUACAAACUGAAAUAUUGUACGCCAGAAAUAUAAUUGUUUCGUAAAAGUGCAUCGAACAAAAACAAAAACUACAUUGAAAAAAAAGUUAAUUAUUAUCAUGGAUUAUAUAGUACGAUAUAUGUACAUAUGAAUAAGUCCUAUGAUUCGUUUGCAUUGUAAAGUUGGGAGAUAGCCUAUAUUGUCGUUUGUCGAUCAUUUCUAACUAUGAAGUUGAACUUUUUAACUUACGAAGUUGAAGAAACAGAAAAAAAAUUUUGUUCUUCACUUCAGUUUUUAUUCUCACCGGUCGGGCUGCGAACUUAACGGAAACGCGCCGUUCUCUUCGUUUAUUCCUUUCAUUCGAUUACUCCGACGGACAUUUUAUUUAAUCGCGCAAAGUGUCCAAAGAGACAGUAGACGAUUCUAAGACCUAAUUAAUAACGUGUUGGAGAGAACAUCAGCAGUGUGGUGAAUUAUGCCUGGUAACUACCAAUUACAGUCAUUAGAACGCUGAAGCGACAGAUCAGCGAAUUAAUACUGACGUUGAUUAAUCACUACAACGUCGUGAUAAUGCCUGGGCGCGUUACGACGUAUCGCCCGGACAACAGUUAUCUUCCGCCACUUCGUGAAGAUUUAUCUCUUCAAGAGAACGAAUACGAGAUAUUUUGUGCGUGGAAUUAUACUAACUCCCCUUAACUGCGAUAUCACUCAAUGCGAAUCCACGAUGUAUUACCUUAAGGAAAAAAAUUAUAUGUAUAUAUAACAAUUGAUAUUUCUAUAUAUAAUAUUUGUGUAAUUAAUAACAUCUUGAAAUUGUAUACCACCUGAUUAUUUUCUCACCAUUAUUAUUUGAAUUAAAUGAAGUUUCGCGAAA